AGCUUAGAAACAGAAUAAACAACCAAAUACGCCAUUUAUUACAAGCUUAACAGAAAAAAGUGAAGGACUAUUUAUUUAAAUUUAAUUUAGCAUGUGAUUAAACAACUGAGUUUAGGGCUUUUAGUUUGCCAGAGGUUCGGUGGAUUCAUUGGCUUCAUAGGUGAAUGCGAUAAACCUCUCCCAUCUUCCACUCAUUAGUGGUUCCGAAUCCAAACCCUAGAGAUCUCCCAUAUUAUCUACAAAGAAAUCCAAAGCUUCUUUGCAACAUACGUACAGGUUUUUGUGCGAUUGAAUUUGUGAGAAUGGAGGUACCUGGAGAGCUUUGAGUUAGUGCGAGAGGAUUGUAGGGCCGGUUGCUGGGAAAAGAAGGCCCCGGAUUUUGCAAUUCGGAGAGGAGAUGAAGGUGUUGAUAGGGAGGCCAGGGUCGGUAAGUGGAUUGGUGUUGAGGUUAGGGCAAUGUGCAUUUGCUGCUACGGCGAUCGGGGUUAUGGUUAGCGCCUAUGGAUUUUCUUCCUUCACAGCUUUUUGCUAUUUGAUCGCAUCAAUGGGACUUCAAGUCUUGUGGAGCUUUGGACUUGCAUGUCUUGAUAUUUAUGGUUUGACAAGAAGGAGAGAUCUUCAAAAUCCAAUCCUAGUGAGCCUGUUUGUUGUAGGGGAUUGGGUGACUGCCGCUUUAUCUCUUGCAGCUGCAUGCUCAUCGGCAGGGAUUGUAGUUCUUUAUUCAAAAGACUUGCAUUUCUGCAAGGAUCCUCGUCUUCAUCUUCAUUGCGACAAGUUCCAAAUCUCUGUAAUUUUUGCUUUCCUCACCUGGGCUCUUGUUGCCGUGUCAUACCAUGUAAUGUUUUGGAUUUUAUUAUCCUCGGUUUAGAUGACUCAGGCUCUCCAGCCUUACAGAUGACACUUCCACUAUACAAGUUUUUCUUUAUCAACUUCUGAAUGCUGAUGGUUCUCCAACAUGUCUUGUUUUUUGUGCAAUUUUCAGGAUCCAUCCUCUUCAGUUGCAUCGAGUGUUUGUUAUACACUUUUUAUUCCAGUAUUGGAUUCCAUUCCAGCUUAACA